CUUUGUGUGAAGGCGGAGACGUCAACACACUUGAUCAUUAUCUUUGUGUGUUACCUCAAGACUGCAAAGUACCAGGACCAUGUGUAAAAUCAUCACCGAUGGCAGCCAAUAACCGCAAGGUAUCCCGACUACCUACUUCAGGACUUCCAGUUUGGAAUCCUGCAGAGCCAGUCUCCUCUACAUUCACAGCACACCUUGUACCACACUUCUCGUCACAAGGUGAUGGGACGCUUGGUCUAACUAAGGAGGCAUUCUCACAACUCCGCUAUGAACUACUUGAGGGGAAAUGCAGUCACUUGCCACUGGACAACAACAUCACUGAAGUUACCAGACUAAUAUGUAUCGUGCUGAAAGCAGGUCUAGAGCCUUGUAUCAAGGAUGACAAGUCCGAAUUGCAAGGCCAACUCUUGGACUGCUUGGACAUUGUCCAAACAGCCGUUAUCAAAGCGCCGUUAGCACUAUUGGAAGUGCCGGACCCAGAAAUUCUUGGGAAAGAUAUAUCUAUUCCCUUGCAUUCCUGGCUAAUCCUCUGGCUUGUUCACUUGCUCACUACUUGGGACAGUGACUCCAUUGAAGAUAAGAUUGAUGACAUCCUCUCAAGUAUAGCCAGCGCUUCACGUAAACAUAUCAGGCUAUGGUCAUCGUUCCUUGGGAUUGCUACCUUUUUGCAGGCAUGCACGACCGAAUUGAUACAUGAUCUUGAGGCCUCUCAGUCUCCAGGUCAUCUUCCUUAUGUGGUCAGCUCCUCUGUAGUCAAUCCGAAGCGGUACUAUACUUUGGAUCUGGACAGACUCGGCCUGCGUUGUGGAUCUUUCAACAAAGUGAUAAGGCUUGGGAGUUACGCCCAAGCAGUUCGUCUAUGUCUCAACCUACUCGGCUCUACGAUCAAUUCUCAUGUCGUUUACAACGUGCCCUUGGAUCGGCAGAACCUGGCGUCGUUCUCUAAUGCAUACCUACGUCUGUGGAAGCUCAUCCGGAAUUGGCUCCGAAGUGUGGAUGCAGCUAUCAUCGCAAGCAAAAAUCGAAUUUGCUCACAGCUCCUGGAACUCACUCAGAGAUUUUGCAGCCAUUGUUCAUACACGUCAUCGAAGCAGAGGCUGGCAUACAUGUUUCUCCAAACUUUGGCCGAAAUUCUAUCCUUAGAUAACUUGAGCCAGUCUUCUCAUCUUCAACUCAAGCUAAGCCGUGCUGUUGACAGUUUCACUGAUGCUUUUGGUUCAAGAGUGGAUCUUAUGCGAUCUUUGAGGGAUAGUAUACUGCUUGUUAAAGAGAAACAUGCCUCAUUUGAGUCAUUGGAGCCUUGUCUUCAGACUGCUAUUGAGAGGUCCCUCGCGUGCUGUUCCGGGAAUGAGGCUCACAAUAAUGCCACAAGGGUAUUGGCUGGUAUUCGCAGGGGAAAGAUACGGGAAUCACCUGUUCACAAAACUCCCGUCUUAAAGCAGUCAGCCAAUAGUGUUAGCACUGUCCACAUGGCUAAACGUCGCUCUCUUCCUCGGAAUGUUGCUGAAACAGAAAGCAAGGGUAUAGCACAGGAGCUUAUAGGCAAAUCACUUCAACUACUUUGUUGUGAACAGACUGGAGACUUGAGAGACCUAAGCUCUGCAGUUUCCACAUCAUAUGCUGGACUGGCCGAGCAAGAAAAGUGCAGUUUUUUACGGACCCUGUGCGGUAUUCCUUGCGCAUUGACUGGGAAUCUGGUAGAUAUCACCGGCCUAGACUUGGAGGGCGCUCUCAGUUGUAGGGUUUGUGACUCUGAAGAGUAUGACCUCAACUCGAAGGACGAAUGGCGUUGUUUGAACAGUUAUGAGUUAUGUGAGAUCUUGGAUUACACAAUUUCAAGCCCAACACGCCCUGCAAAUCUGAGAAUAGCUGCAGCUGUUGCAUUGAAAAGAACACUAAUGCAUACUUCCGGCCUAAGUUACAUGCAGCUUACAUCUUCUGUUUUCAGGGAAUUUUGCCUAAAUUCCCUCAGGAGUUCUGUUAGAGAGCUGCGUCUCAUCAUUGGACAUUCAAUAACCUCUUUUGUCCGUAAAGACCUGGACCGUGAAACCAGAAGGAGUAACUUUGUCGUCAUUUUGGACUGGUUACAGAGCCUCUCUGAAAAGCAAGAAAUAGCAUUACAUGAGACUUGUCUUCUUACUCUGUGUCAUCUUGCGAAGUUUUCUAACGAUGAAGAAAUGAAUAUCAUACUCCUUCGCUUGGUAGAGUACCUGGGACAUCCAAAUCCGUUUAUCUGCGCAGUGGCUUAUACCGAACUGUCAAGGCUUGCACAACAUCUUUCUGUCACUCCAGCCGGCUUGUUCCGGCCCUUUUGGAGGACUUUGUCGGUAACAAUUGUCAAAAAUUUCCAGUCUCGCCCCUACAUGGCGGAACAGAUCUGCGAUCUCCUAGGUAUGAAAGUGGAUGACUUUCUUAGAUUGACUGAGAUAUAUGUCCUCCCGUAUCUGGUACUCACACGGAAGCGAGAUGUCAUCAUCAGAGUUGGUGCAACAUACAAAGAGAGCAAGACGCCCUUCGAUCUUUGCUCGGAGAAGAAUAAUCUCGCAUCAAUACUGGCUUUUUUGUUGAGUCAGCCUUCGUCCAAUCCAGAAGAAUCAAUCAUGUCGGCUUUGUCGGAGGUAGAUUCUGCCUUUAGUGGGCGUACUCUGGCCGAGCUUUUGAGGAUUGAACCAAUUCUGAUCGCCUGUGACCUGCUCAAAGGCUUAGGAGACCUGGGGGAGGAGAAAGGUACCAGGUUUCGCCGGGCACUCCAUCUACUAGCCGUCCUUGUUCCACGAAAGUCUGGCUACACACCAAGACGAGCGAAUCUGAUAGGUCAUUUUAUCGAAGAACAUGUUCUUGGCAUAAUCACACAGUUCGCUCAUGCUAUUAAUGAUUUUCAAGUCAGGCAGCCUCUUGUUGAGAAAAAAAGGAACAUCGCGGCCAUUGGAGAGAUGGUGAAGGUCGCACGCGGUCACAUCAGUAGCGCCUUACCACAGAUAUGUGCUUGUUUACGGGCCGCUCUCGAAAUCGGAGAGUUAUGUAACAAUGCAUUCAUUGUCUGGGGGGUUUUGAUCAGCUCCUUACAAGAAGAUGAAAUUGAGCCCCUCAUUGAUCAGACACUGUCAAUCGUGAUCAGACACUGGGAUAACUUUACUGAAGAUACCAGAAAACAAGCCUGUGAGCUUGUUGAAUACAUUAUGCAGCGCCACCAUGAACUGGUACAUGACAUUUUCAACACCAUGCCUUCAUUGGCGUCCAUACCAAUAUUUUCGAAAUACGAAGCCAAACUGAACAAUUUGAAAGAGAAAAUGGAUGUCCGAAGCCAUUUUCUCGCAUUCGUUCGUCGUUGUCAGAGUGAGACUGCAACAGUUGUUGAGCAAGCCUUGCGAGAACUAGUUCCCUACCUCUCCCAGAACGAAGAGUUCAUCCAUAGAUCUGUCCUCAGCGAGAUUCCAGAUCCAGUCGUUGCACAGUUAACACGAUCCUUACUUGACUGUUGUGUGAAGUUCAACACAAGCUCGGAUGUUAUAACAGUCUUAUCCGCCGAAUGUCUAGGUUUGAUCGGAUGUCUUGAUCCCAACCGAGUGGAUACAGUCAAGGAAAAGAAAGACAUCCUGGUUUUGUCUAACUUUGAUAGUAUGGAGGAGACCUUCGACUUUAUACUAUUCUUCCUUCAAUACGUACUAGUCGAAACAUUCCUGUCUGCUUCCAAUACUAGAGCCCAAGGGUUUCUCGCGUACGCAAUGCAGAAUCUACUUAGGUUCUGUAAUCUUGAUUCAGCUGUCGCCAAUCGGUCUCGCGACAUUCGCGCAGAGGAAAAAUAUCAGCGCUGGCUAGAAUUACCUGAAACCGUUCGCAACAUCUUGGCCCCGUUUCUUACAUCAAAGUAUACAGUCACCAUUGGCACUCUCAAUACUUACUGUAGCUAUCCGUUGUUCUCAACUGUGCUGACACAUGGCAAUUGGCUACGGACUUUUGUGCAGGACUUACUGCAAAGCGGAAAUGGUGAUAAUGCAAAAUUAAUAUUUAGUGUUUGCAGUCGCAUUGUUAAAGGGCAAGAUAUCUCAAUAGCAUCUUUCCUGUUGCCAUUUGCGGUGCUUAAUCGCACAGUCUCUGGGAGUGCAAAAGAGAAAGAAGACCUACACUGUGAACUAGUGAAUGUUCUGUCUCAUCCACUCCCUGAUGCUAACAACCACAUACAUGAGAACAUCAUAAUGUGCAGCCAGAGUGUUUUCGAAGUCCUUGACUACCUUUCAAGGUGGUUACAAGGGAAGAAGAAACAAGUAAAUAGCCUCAGAAACCAAGGCCACCAUUCAAAUCGCGGCCACAGGGAAACGUCCCGAGAUGCUCUAUUGGACACAUAUUCCUCGCAAGUGAAGGCUGUAGAGACACUCAUGAGUUCAAUUCCCCCAGAGAUCAUCUCUAAAAGGGCGGUUGAGUGCAAAUCAUUCUCACGCGCUCUGUUUCAUUGGGAGCAGUACAUCCGACAGUGUAAAAAUCAAGCAAGCAAGCAAGAAGGCGCCACAGUUGAAACUCUCUACCAACGGUUACAAGAUAUCUAUAGUCGAAUCGAUGAACCGGACGGGAUCGAGGGUAUCUCGAGCCAUCUGCAUGUGCUAGACAUUGACCAGCAGGUUCUCGAACAUCGAAAAGCCGGAAGAUGGGCAACUGCGCAGAGUUGGUAUGAAUUGCAACUUGAAAAAGAACCUAAUAAUAGCGAAGCACAGUGGAAUCUGCUUACUUGCCUCAAGGAAUCAGGACAGCAAGAUGCGAUUCUCACGCGUUUUGAAAUCUCGAAAAUGAAGAAUUUAGGCAGAAGGUUUCUCCCUUUCGCGGUGGAAGCGACUUGGAUCACAAGUAACUGGGCAAAGCUGCACGAGUAUCUUCAGUUACCUUCAAAGCACGGUACAGGGGAAUUUAAUAUCGAGAUCGGUUCGGCUCUCAAUGCCUUUCAACACGACAACGAUACGCAAUUCAAAGAACAUAUGAAAUCCUUGCGACUGAGUGUUGCCAAGUCCCUGACAGCCAGUUCUGUGGCGUCGUUGCAAUCAUGCCACGAUAGCAUCCUCAAGCUACACGCUUUACAUGAGAUCGAGUCCAUAGCUCGUACUAAGUAUGGCGAGGGCGGCAGCCCACGCUCAAAACUAUCCGAUAUCUUGCACCGCCGUUUGGACAUUCUUGGGGGCUACAUCUCUGACAAGCAAUAUCUCCUUGGUCUUAGAAGGGCCACAAUGGAGCUAACGGGCAAAUUCGCCGAUUCCGACAUAGCUGCUGCUUGGCUAACCAGUGCACGUCUCUCGAGGAAAGGAAAUUUUACCAGCCAGGCUUAUCAAUCGAUGCUCCAUGCAGCCCGCUUGAACGACAGAUCAGCCACUAUUGAACAUGCACGACUUCUUUGGAAAGAUGGCCAUCACCGAAAAGCAAUACAAACAUUGGAAGGCGCAAUCGCUGCUAAUGAGUUUUCUUCAGAACCACCCUCGUCGGAAGGACCUGCCCCAUCUUCUCUGGCUGCAAAUAAGGGGAGACAUCAGAAUCUUCUCUUGGCUCGAGCACAUUUACUCCUAGCCAAGUGGACAGAUAGAGCUGGGCAAACUCAGUCAGAUGCCAUCGUUCAGAGAUACAGAGAAGCCAUCAAACUUCACUCAAGGUGGGAGAAAGCCCACUAUUAUUUGGGCAAGCACUACAACAAAAUCCUGGACUCUGAGAAAGCAAAGCCGCUGGGGAAAGAGGCGCAGAUUUAUCUGAGUGGUGAGGCAUCUAAACUUGUCGUUGACAACUAUCUCCGGUCAUUGGCCCAUGGGAAUAAAUAUGUAUUUCAGUCCCUGCCCAAGAUAUUGACACUCUGGUUGGAACAUGCUUCUACUGUUGACCAGCCGUUUAAUCCGAAGAGAGGAGACAACGAGGAAUUUCAAAAACAUACUCUAAGUCAGCGGAAGAAGAGCCUUGAUGAUAUGCAUGCACAACUGAAAAAAUACGUGAACAGAAUACCGGCUGCACUGCUCUUCACGAUUCUCCCUCAAGUUCUUGCUCGAAUAUGUCACCCAAACACGACAGUAUAUGAUUUAUUGACUAAGGUGGUAGCCAAGGCAGUCAACUCUUUCCCCCAGCAAGGGCUAUGGACAGUACUUGCUGUAGUAAAGUCCUCUUCCAAAGACCGAGCCUCCAGGGGCAUUAACUGCCUCCAGAAGAUUACAGAGGUAAACAAGAAACUGAAGAAUGAGACUCCAUCAGAUAUGCAUUCCAUGAUAAACCAAGGGCAAAAUUUUUCACAGGAAAUGUUGAGGCUGUGCAUAGCUCGCAUUGAAGAUAAGGUCGCUCGGGUUAAUUUACGCAAUUUAGGAUUCAAUCACAAAGUGGCACCUUGUCGGCUUGUGGUGCCAUUCCAGGCAAUGUUGACACCAAUACUACCAGCGAGCCAUGAACCUGAAUACUUGAAGGGUUUCAGGGCCUUCCCUAGGGACCCUACGACAAUGGAAGCUAUACUCAAUGAUGCACAGGUUUUGAAUUCUCUCCAGAAGCCACGGAGGAUAGGUAUCCGAGGGUCGGAUGGAAGGAUAUACAAUAUCCUGUGCAAACCCAAGGACGACCUUCGUAAAGACCAACGACUCAUGGAAUUCAAUAAUAUGAUCAACAGGUUUUUCAAAAGGGACGUGGAAUCAAGCAAGCGGCGAAUGUAUAUCAAAACAUAUGCCGUAACACCUUUGAACGAAGAAUGUGGGCUCAUCGAGUGGGUCGAUAAUCUUCGUACGUUGAGGGACCUUGUCAUCAAACUCCUCAGAGAACGAGGGAUUGCACCAAAUUAUAGUGAGAUCAGACAGAAUCUCAACGAAGCAUGCUCGGAAAAUUCCAAGCUCCAUCUUUUCACGACUGAAGUUUUGUCAAAGUUUCCUCCAGUUCUACAUGAAUGGUUCAUUGAAAUGUUUCCUGAAGCGGGAGCAUGGUUUGCAGCGAGACUUCGCUAUACUCGAUCAUGUGCUGUCAUGUCAAUGGUUGGGCACGUCCUAGGGCUGGGUGACCGACAUGGUGAAAACAUAUUGUUUGAGGAAGGGACAGGUGGCGUGUUACAUGUUGACUUCAACUGUCUUUUUGACAAAGGAUUGACGUUUGAUAAGCCUGAAUUGGUUCCCUUUCGCCUCACACAGAACAUGGUUGAUGCGUUUGGCGCAUACGGAUACAAUGGUCCCUUCCGCAAGACAUGCGACAUAAGCCUUGGGCUGCUCCGCCGUAACGAAGAUGCACUCAUGACCGUCUUGGAGACGUUUUUGCACGAUCCUACCACUGAUUUUAUUGGGAAAAAGCGUCGCACACACGCCAGUGUCCCAGAAACACCAGCUGGUGUUUUAGAGAAUGUUCGCAAUAAACUUCGCGGCCUUCUGCCUGGUGAAUCUGUUCCACUCUCAGUGGACGGCCAUGUAGACGAACUGAUUGUACAGGCAACUGACAAAAGGAAUCUAGCUGCCAUGUAUAUUGGCUGGUGCGCUUUUUUUUAAGGACUGCCUCUGGCACUUACCCCUUCCCCAACAUUCCCUCCCUUUGCAUCUUGUAUUUGUUUAAAGAACAAUUGUCGUUGAAUGAUUGGAUUCAUAACGCCCGAGUGACGCAGGAUAAUAAGUCUUGGAUGAAUUCCUUGACUGCACUACAUAAUAUUACAUUAUAAUUUUUGCGAC